GGUUACUUAACACAUAGGUCAUCGAAGGUCGGUCGAAGCCUUCGUGGCCACGGAAAAGAGGCAGCACCGCAGAAGCCGCGUCCGAUUCGUUCACGCAACCACGCGUUCGUGGGCCGCCUCUCUCUCAUAAAAUCCACCGCCCUCGUCGCCAAAAUCCCCCCAAUCCCACCGCCAGUCUCCGCCCGCGCCUCAGAAGUCAGAACCCUAGCCCCGGCGACGCCUUCAGAUCCGGCGCCCUUAUCCGGCGGAAUCGCUCGCUCCUACCACCGGUUGCCGCGUCCCGGCAUCUCGGCUACCCGGCGUCCUGUACCCGACUUCUACGCCCUCGAUCUCCCCCAGCCGUCGUCACGAGGAAUCGUUUGCUCCACAGGCUACGUCUCCACCAAGCCUGCAUCGACGACUCGAAGGAUCCGUGCCGUCGUCGAUCGCCGAUCGCCUCUUCGUAGAUCGAAUCUGUUCAGUGUUCUGCUAUUCGUUGUAUUUCAUCUGAGAUCUGAAAAAAGUAUUCGGGCCAUCUCGAGAUAGAGAGGCCUUCAUAGGCGGAGAAAAAGAAACAGGACUCGCCAUCCAUCAUGGGUGUUGUCUAUUACCAAUAUAAGAGUGAAAAGGAAAUCUGUUCUAUGCCCGUGCCCCAUGCUUUUAUUUCUGUGUCUGAACUCAAGCAGCUUAUCAUGACGAGCGGUAGGCACGGCCGUGGUCGAACCCGCGGUCGUGCCACAGAGGAUAUUGUCAUCUCCAACGCCCAAACUGGCGAAGAAUAUGCAGAUGAAAGAGCAUCCAUACCACAGAACACAACUGUGUUGGUCCGCAGAAUUUCCAUUCCUGGGCAACUGUCAGAGAAGAUUGUUUUGUCCCCUAGGCCGGAAGUCACAGAAGAAUGUUCUGUACCUUGCAAGUCGGUGGUUACUGACUCAAGCUCAAAGUCAUGUUCUUCCACAGUAGUGCAAGAUGAAGAUGCUGUAAUUGCAGCAGUAAUUGAUGCUGCUGAACUCAAAUGGGAACAGCUCCCCUCUAAAAGAGGACAAGACAGUGGAAGGUUUACAUCAAGACGUAACUAUGGGCCGUUGGAAGGGGAAACACCUCCACCCGGCUAUGUCUGCCGCUCUUGUGGUGUUCCAGGCCAUUUCAUUCAACACUGCUCACAGGAAAACAAGAUGCCUCCACCUGGAUACAUUUGCUACAGAUGCCGAAUUCCAGGGCAUUUUAUCCACCAUUGUCCAAGCAUUGGCGAUCCCAAGUUCGACAACAAUAAAAUGAGUCGGUCUCUUGUCCCAGUAGUUACACCUGUCGAUGGCAUUUUGGAUUCACUUGUCCCGUCUGCCCCAGCCGGGGCUGUUGAUGACUUGCCAGCAGAGCUCCACUGCCGACUAUGUAAAAAAGUGAUGAGAGAUGCAGUAUUGACAAGCAAGUGCUGUUUUGACAGUUUUUGUGAUAGAUGCAUUCGGGAUUAUAUUAUUAAAGAGUCGAAGUGCAUUUGUGGAGUGGAGACACUAGCAGAUGACCUCAUUCCAAAUCAAACACUUCGGAGCACAAUCAGCAAUAUGUUGGGAACACAGACAAGCAGUGGUGGUAGUGGUACAACAAGACACAGAAGUUCGUCAGGCAGCAACCCUAACCCAAAAAUACAGAGCCACACUGCUUCUGUUGCGUCAGCAAGGGAGGUGAAGCAGUCUAUAGACCAUCAGCUACCAGCGGUAUCUGCACCUGAUUAUGUGCUCCAGGUUGCCACAGAAGGUGACCUGGUGAACCAGCCUCUAGAGAAAUUAGCAGCCACUGCUGAAAUCCUUAGCAAAUAUGAAGGCAAUUCUGCAGAAGUGUCAGUAGAGAAGGCGGUAGCAAAUGCUGAAGCCCUCAAAGUGAAGGAUGGAAGUGAAACGACUUCGAAUGCCACCACUGUUUCAGGGUCCCGAGAACAUGAUGUCACAAGGACAGAUCAAGCAAAGAAGAAGCGGAAGAAGGCAGACUUAACCAAGAACGUUCAGCCUAACAAUGUUGGCUAUGGUUACAAUGUUUCUUUUGACCCUGCAUAUUACAAUCCCUUCAUCAAUGGACAUCCUUGGGCAACUGAACCCUACAUGUAUAGCUCAAUGGGGAUGCCGUACGCUGGUUAUCCGAUGGAUCCAUAUUGUGCAAAUCCAAUGGAUCCAUAUUGUGAGUAUCCAAUGGAUCCAUAUUGUGUGAAUCCAAUGCAAGGCUAUCCAGCAAGCUACCAAAGGCCUGAAACUGAGCCCAUGCGUCGUGGGAGCACUGCGGCUGCCAGAGCACCUUUAAAGCACCGUGAGAGGAGUGACCGGCACCGGCCCAAGGACACUCGUCUUCAGCCCCAAUCAACAGAGCACAAGCGACGGCUGGUCUCCUCUCAUGGAACAAGGUCAAACUCAGAUAGAAGGGACCAUGGGCAUUCUUAUGGGGCAUCCUGAGUAGACUUAUUUGAGGAUCAUUCUACUAGGAAGCGGAUGCCCGUUUUCUCCCGGAGUAGUAUGAUGGUAGACAAAUCGGUGGAGAUCGAGACGGUUCCAGGAGUAUGAUGACUCGUGAGUCGUGAAGAGGACGCAAGCUACGAGGAACGUAAUUUCAAGACGAGAUGGGGUCAUAGAUCAUCAGGAGGCGUGGACACAAGGCACUGUCCUAAACUUGGCAGACCAAGUGCAGCAAUAUAUUGCUGGUCACCAGUGCUCACCUAUUGAUCUUCUUAUACUCGUAAUUGUAUGUAUGCCCCUGAAAGCAGAAGAAAGAUUGUCACAAAGCAGAGGGAACUUUCGGUUCCCUAGCGAAAUGUAUUGAUAUUAAACAUUUUUUUUGUAUUAAUGCUAAGAGUGUUGCCAGCUCUCUCUAUAAUGCGAACUCUCCAAAUAAUUUCGCUA